AUGAUAUUAGAAAUCGUACCUUUGUAUAGUUACAAUUUUUAUAGUACCUUGUUAAUAAUAAAAAAUAUUUUUGAUUUGGAUGAGAAACAUGAAGUUGACAAUGUUAGCAAAACCCCAAUUGGGGAUGAGGAAGGAAAUAUAGUUGAAGCGGACAAAAUAAAAGAUGAAAACUUUUUAAAUACCGAAUAUAAUAAUAAUGAAAGAGGAAAUAAUUACACCAAAUCUUAUAAUUACAAUUAUAUAAAUAACAAAAACAAUUUUUAUGUUGAUAAAAAAAAUGAAAAUAUUUAUAUUUUAAUAAAUUGUGGAUGGGAUGAUAACUUUUGCCUUGAUGAUAUUAAAAAUGUUAUAAAAGUUUGUGAAUAUGUAGAUAUUGUACUUAUAACAAAUCAUGGAUUGAAUUAUAUUGGAUGUUUGCCAAUUAUAUAUCAAGAGUUUUUAAAGUUAAACAGAAAAGUUCCUAUAAUAUGUCAUGAAUAUACAAAGUCAUAUAGUAAAUACAUUUUAUUAAGUUAUAUAAAAUGUAUAAAUAAUUGUGAAUUUUUUAAAACAUAUAAUGAAAAUAAAUAUAUAAAUUUAAUUAAUGAUUUAUAUCAAAAUAUGUUGGAAUUAGAAUAUAAAGAAUAUUAUACUUAUAAAAAAAAUAUAGUAUAUGAAAAAGAAUAUAAAAAAAAAAACUGUAUUUUUAUAUUGCCAAUAUAUUUUGUGAAUAAUGGUGAUAAUAUAGGCUCGUCAGGAAUUAUUAUAAAACUUUUUAAUUAUAAAAUUUUAUAUUCUAUAAAUACUAACAUAAUUGAUUAUUCUUUUAUUGAAAAGUCGAACAUUAUAAAUCAGUCAAAUAUCUUUACUUUUAUUGGAAAUUUUAUGUAUACAAAUAAAAAUUAUAACAAGAUGGUUGAAAUAAGAAACAUAAUAAAUAUAGUUAAUCGAACUAUAAAUAAUUUGGGUUGUGUCUUUUUCCCUGUGGACAUUGACAGCAUAUUUUUAGACCUCCUUUUUCACAUAAAUGCGUUGAUGGAGUUAAACUCGCAACGAUAUGCCAUCCUGUUCCUGUGCCCUUACGCAGAAAACUUGGUCCGACUUCUAUGCGCAUCGAUGUCCUAUAUGAAUAGCUACAUAAAAAAUAAUUUUCAUAAAAAUCGAGUAAACUUAUUCAAGAUAAAGAAUUUAAUAUGUUUGAAGGAUUACAAUGAUUUUAAAAAAUACGAAGAUGGUUAUUAUAUUUUAUUUUCUUUCCCUUCCAAUAUAAAUAAUGACACAUCAAAAAGGAUUCUAUCAUCUUUCCUUAAAAAUAAAAAGAAUGUCUUAAUAUUAACAAAAAAAAAUAAAACAGAUAAUAUUUGUUCUGAUAUAUGUAAUAAUUAUUAUAAAAAUAAAAAAAAAGAAAAUAAAGAAAACUUUAAUUUUUCAUAUACAAAAAAUGUAAAAAUAGAUGAUGAUGCUUUAUAUGAAAUUUAUUUAAAAGAAAAAGAUAACAUUGAAAAUUAUAUUUUGAAAACUAUAAAUGAAAAUAAAAAAAAAAAAAAAAAAAAAGAAAUACAAGAUAAUAAUGAAGAAAAAAAACAAAAAAAUAAAAAUUUUAUAUUCGAAUCUAAUGAAGAAAUGAUUUAUAUAAAAAAAACAAAAAAUAAACAACCACAACAAAAAUAUACACACCAAUUAGAAAAUAAUGAUGAUAAUGUUCAACCCGAUCAAUCAAAGGACAUAUUCCUUAAAGAUGAAAAUGUUAAGGAAGAAAGUUUUUUCGAUUUUUUUAAAAAAAAAAAAAAAAAAGACAAACAAGAAAAUGUGAAUAGUGACCCUACUGAGAGUAGCUCAAACAGCGAACCGGAAGACGAGGGUCAUGAAGAGGAAGAAAAUGAAGAUGAAGAAGAUGAGGAGGAAGAAGAGGAAGAUGAAGAAGAUGAAGAAGAAGAAGAGGAAGAGGAAGAGGAAGAGGAUGAGGAUGAGGAAGAAGAAGACGAAGAUGAAAACCUUUUGGGCAGCGACCUAAAAUAUGAAGAAAUGAAAGGAACAAAUAAAAAUGUAAAAUUUGGAGAAAACUUUUAUUCCUAUAAACAAAAUAAAAGUGAGAUUCGUAUAAAAAGAGAAUUAAAUAACUACGAUGAAAAUCUGAACAAUCAAGAUAAAUUUUCGUUAAAUAAAAAAAAAACAAGAAACGGAGUAAAAAUAAAAAUUGAAAAAAGUGACUCUGAUGUGAGUAGUAACUUUCAAGAAGAUGAAACAAAAUGGAAAAAUAGAUUUAUAAAAUAUAAUAAUGAAAAGGAAAUACAAAAUAAAAUGUUAAUAAAAAAGGAAGAAACAGAAAAAACAAAAAAUUUGAUAUAUACAAAUUUAUCAGAUAAAAAUGAAGACAAUCAAUAUGAUGACAUAAAUAAUUCUUCAAUGGGAUAUAAGAAAAAUUCAUGGAAAAAUAAAUUAUUAAAAUAUUUUAAAAUAAUUCCUACAAUUUCAAAGGAAGAAAAAGUUUCUAUUCAAAUAAAUUGUAAAAUAAAAAUAUUUGAUAUAGAAUAUAUUAUUAAUCAAAAUACAUUAAAAACUAUUUUAUUUCAACUUAAUCCAAAACAUUUUGUUUUAUUACCAUCAUGUGAUUCAUAUAGUUCACUAAAUUUUGAAAUGUUAUUUUAUUCUUCGAUAAAAAAUUGUACAAAAGUACAUACAUUUUAUUCUCCAAAUUAUUUUAAUACUAUAAAAGAAAAUAUGAAGGAUAUAUUAUACGACCGUUUUUUUUUUAGAAACGCUUUAUCUAUAGAUUCAGUCAUGAUACCUCUAAAUGUACAAUAUGAAAAUGUUUAUAUAAAAAAUAUUUAUACUCUUAUUAAUUCUAUGACUCCAGAUAUUACGAACUUCCAUAUUUUUAAAGCCAAGGUUAGUUUUGGCGAUACCAAGGAGAGGGACCCCAACCUACCAUCCAACCAGCGACGAAAACAAUUUAUAAAUGAGCAUAGCACCUUUUGGAAUGAGUACAAGGGAUCUGAAUAUACACUUUCUCUACCUCAAGAAAAGGGAGAGAUAGAGGAAGUUGGUAUAUCUUCAAAGGUUAUUCAAAAUAAAGCCGAUGAAAAUAAAGUCGACGAAGAAAAAAAUAAUGAUAAUGUAGAUGAAAAUGAUGAAAAAAAGAAAAAAGAUAAAGAAGAUACAACAUUUUUAAAUUAUUAUAUUGAUGAUGAUCAAACUGAAAAUCAAAGUGAUGAAAAUAGUGAGGACAUAUCGAGUUUAUCAUCACAAGAUGAAGAUUCAUAUUUACAAAAUGAAAUAAAUCAAGAACAAAAAUUAAAAGGAGAAUUAUAUAUUGGUGAUGUUAGUAUUAAAAAUUUAUUAACGAGUAUAAAUAAUUUUCCUAAUGUUUGUCUUAAUUUUGUUAAUGAAAAUCAAAUCAUACUUGAUGGAAAAGCAAGUAUAAAAAAGGAAUCACUUAUAAAUAUAAACCAACAAUCAAACAAUCGCAAUAAUGUAACUUGGAAAAUUGAAAGCUCGUUAGACCCUUCCUUCUACUUUCUGAGGAAUGUUUUGAAGGACCUUCAUAACAACAUGUCCAUAUAG